UAUAACUUAUUAGAAAUUCCUUGAUCUACGUUAGAGCUAGCUUAGUGGAGGGCCCGACACCACGAGCAAGAGAAAUGGCGGCCCGCCGGUGGCUGCUGUUGCUUUUCGUCGGCCUCGCCGGCGGCGGAGCCCAUGGCCAGGUCGAUAUCUUAGGUUUUGUAAGCAUCGACUGCGGCCUGCCGGAAAAUGUCGUCGGCUACGUGGAUAACGACACCAAACUCCGGUACGUCUCAGACAUGGGCUUCAUCGACACGGGCACCAACCACAAUUUGUCGGCCGAGUACCUCAAGCCAUCGAUAGGCAGGAUCUGGCACACGGUGCGGAGCUUCGCCGGCGGCAGCGCCGGUGCGCGUAGCUGCUACACGGUCCGGUCCCUCGUGUCCGGGCUCAAGUACCUCGUCCGGGCGGGAUUCAUCUACGGCAACUACGACGGCCUCAACCGGCUGCCCGUCUUCGACCUCCACAUCGGCGUCAACUACUGGCAAACCAUCAACGUCUCGGUAGCCGGCGUGAUGGCGGAGAUCAUCACCGUCGUACCUGGCGACUCCAUGCAGGUGUGCCUUGUGAACACCGGCUCCGGUACGCCGUUCAUCUCUAGCCUGGACGUCAGGCCCCUGGAGAACAAGUUCUAUCCUCACGCCGACGAGUCACAGGGGCUGGUUCUGGUGUCCAGGACCAACUUUGGCGCAAGUGAUACCACAUUCGUUAGGUACCCAGAAGAUCGGUUCGACCGUAUAUGGUCCCCAUGGAGCAACUCGACAAUUUGGUCGGUGAUCUCGACGACUGAGAAGGUGCAGAACAGCGCCACCAACGGCAACGACACUUUCGAGCCGCCGUUGCCCGUGAUGCAGACUGCCAUCACGCCCAUCAACUCCUCCAGCCCCAUCGACUUCACCUGGGAUGCCCAGGCCAGCACCACCAACAACCCAAAGCCCGGGUAUGUAUGGAUGCUGCACUUCGCAGAGCUGCAGCCCACCGGUGUUCGCCAGUUCUACAUCUCUCUCAACGGAAAAUCUUGGUUAAUGAACGGUAGCUGCACUCCAAACAACCUCUCGACCACCACCCUUUACAGCACCAAACCCGUCUAUGCUUCCAACCAGUACAACAUCUCACUGGAUGCCACCGUGAACUCGACACUUCCGCCGAUCAUCAACGCUGCCGAGAUCUACUCUGUCAUCCCCACCACCAACAUAGCCACUACCGUUCAAGAAGUUUCUGCCAUCUCGGCCAUCAGAGAAAAGUACCGUGUGAAGAAGAACUGGAUGGGUGAUCCAUGUGCGCCCAAGAAUUUUGUGUGGAAUGGAUUGCGUUGUAGCUAUGCUGCUUCUAGCCCACCAACUGUCACAGGCUUGAAUCUAUCUUCCAGUGGUCUCAGUGGCAAUGUGUCAUCUUCUUUGGCCAGUCUUAGAGGUUUACAGUACUUGGAUUUGUCACACAACAAUCUGACGGGCUCAAUUCCUGAGAGCCUUUCGCAAUUGCCGUCGCUCGUGUUUUUAGAUUUCACAACCAAUCAGCUCAGUGGAUCAAUACCUUCAGCACUUCUAAAAAGAACUCAAGAUGGCUCCCUAACACUUAAAUAUGGUAACAAUCCAAACCUCUGCGGGAAUGGAAAUUAUUGCCAACCUCCUAAAAAUAAGAGCAGCUCUAAGGUUGUCGUCUAUGUUCUUACCCCAAUAAUUGUAGUGUCCGUGAUUGUGCUUUUGUCAAUUAUGUUCCUUUGCAUGCGAAGGAGAAUGCAAGGAACAACAAGCAACCACGUCAAGUCACAAGACGAGGCAAAUAUCACGCCCUUGCACUCCCAAAACAACAACGAGCACGAUUCAUUGUGUUUGGACAAUCGACGGUUCAAGUAUGAUGAACUGGUGGCCGUGACAAACGGCUUUGAGCGAGUGAUUGGCCGAGGAGGAUUCGGGAAAGUAUAUGCUGGAUUUUUGGAGGAUGGCACACAAGUGGCUGUCAAAUUGCGUUCUGAAUCUUCAGAUCAAGGUGUACAAGAAUUCCUAGCAGAGGCUCAGACCUUGGCAAAGAUUCAUCACAAGAAUCUUGUGUCCUUGAUUGGCUACUGCAAGGACAGGGAGUACAUGGCCCUUGUCUACGAGUACAUGUCUGAAGGAGCCUUGCAUGAACAUCUAAGAAGGAGAGAGAACAAUGCAAGGUGUUUAACCUGGAGACAGACUCUUCGUAUUGCACUGCAAUCCGCGCAAGGACUAGAGUAUCUGCACAAGGGAUGCAACCCGCCCCUCAUCCACAGGGAUGUGAAGACGUCCAACAUAUUGCUGAAUGCAAACCUGGAGGCAAAGAUCGCCGAUUUUGGCCUGCUCAAGGCUUUCAACAGCAACGGUGAUACCCAUGUGUCCACGGCCAGGGUGGUCGGCACACGCGGUUACCUUGCCCCUGAGUACCUAGCAACAUUUCAACUAACCAACAAGAGUGACGUGUUUAGCUUCGGUGUGGUGCUUCUCGAGAUAAUCACAGGGCAACCUCACAUCCUGAACGAUCCAGAGCCGACGAGCAUUGUCCAGUGGGUGCGACAGCGCCUCGCCCAUGGCAACAUUGAAACUGUAGUAGAUGUGCGCAUGCACAACGAUCAUGAUGUCAACAGCGUGUGGAAAGCCACAGAGACUGCGCUCAAAUGCACGGCCCAACUACCAGAGCAACGGCCCACAAUGACCGACGUGGUGUUACAACUACAGGAGUGCCUUAAGCUUGAGGCCGCGCGCAACGACGUGAAUGCUUGAUUUUAUACGACCGCGAGUGUUGGAAACCUGAACGGCUACAACGGGAUAUGACACUAACAUGUCCACCGAUGCAAGACAGAUCAACACCACAUUUCAGACGGAGCAUGUGAGCGCCAAGUGAAGGCUGAAACUAGGACUUGCCAUCACCCCACGUCUACAAGUUGUGUUAUUUAUCUUCAAGGGAAGUAGCUAGUCUUCUGAUGAUGAUUUUUAUGGGAAAAUUUGUAAAUUUACUACUUCUCAGACACUUAAUGUGUUCAAUCUACUCAAGUGAUCCAUGUUUUUUUAA